AUGGGUCCACGCGAAAUGCGCGGUGGAGGACUCUCCUCGCACAUCGUGUUGCUCAAGCGGCGCGCCGGCAUAAACGAGAACGACGUCCGCAACAGCGGUAGCACCGGCGGGAUCACACGCAGCCCCUUCAAGCCGGUCGCUCUCCGACCUCGGCCUAGCCAGCCGCAAGCCGCCGCGUCCGCAGGCGGCGGCGCCGGGGGCGGCGGGGCGUUCGAGGCGACGACGCCGUACAGCUCGAUAUUUCCUCGGCGGCAGGGGGACGACGAGCGUACCGACAGCAGGGUCGCGGGAGGUGGCGAUGUCGGGCCACCCGGGCUCAGCGGUGGUAUCCGCACGGGGCGAGAAAGCGUGUGGACACCGCGCGGUACGGCUGCGGGUGCGGCGGCGGCGGUGGGGGAUGCGGGGUCCUCGGUUAUGGCUGAGCCGGGAUCGGCGGGAGAUGUUCGAGGAGAAGAGGGACCGGCAGCGGCGGCGGCGGCGGCGGUGGCGGCGGUGCCCCCGCCGUCGCCGCCGCUGCCUAGCGGUGAUGGAGGAGGAGUGACGCGUGAGGGAACGCGGGGGGGAGAGUCAGAGGUGGGCUCGAGCAGCACGUCGACGCUGCCACCGCUUGACCAGGAGCUGACCGAGCUGCUGGAGCGAGAGGCAGCCUUGAUCACCCGCCAAGCGGAGGCCGACGCUAACCGCUGGGACGACGACGACGACGACGCCAACACCCUCUCUUCCCGGGCCCCGCGAUCCCCCUCCUCCCCGGACCACUACGCCACGGACUCCUACAGCAGCUGGCGCAGCAGCGGUAGCGGCGACAAGGAGAACGAGGAACAGAAGCGGGGUUCCUCGGAGGAAGGCGGGGAUGGAUUCCUCGUACCCCCGGGCACGCAUCAGUUCGGCGGCGGCGGCGGCGGCUGGCGCUUCGGAUCGGGCCCGGGGGUAGCGGGAGGGAGGGCAGGGCAGAUCCGACUCGGCGCUGGAAGCGGAGGUAGCGCAGGCACUAGCAGCGGCGGUGGCGGCGGCAGCACCAGCGGCGGCGGCGGCGGCGGCGGCGACGGCGCGAGCGUGGUUGCUCCCGGAGGAGCGGAUGCCGUGUCGUGGGACCGGGAGCUAGCGAGGACCCUGUCGAGGGAAGGCCCGGCCGUGCCGGGCUGGACAAGCCGCUGGCGGCAGCCGGCCAUGCCGGGGUCACGGGCGGCGCUGGGGUUGUGGGAGGGAGCCGGGGGCCUGGACGUUGUGGAGCGGGACGAGGCGGGCGUUGUGGAGAUUGCGGGAAGCGUGUCUCCCGGCGACGGCGCCGCAGACACGGCGCAAGAGGUGACGGAGUGGGCGAGGCGCAUCCAGGCCUCGAUUGAGAACAUGAACAGGCUGGUGGAUGGCUUCCAGCUCGCUGGGGACGGCAGCAGCAGCACCAGCAGAAGCGAAGCCGCCGGCACCGUAACCAGUCCCGACUCAUCCAUGUCGGGAGUACCACGACGGGACGAUGGCGAUGCCCUCUACUCCGGGGUCACGGCAGACAGCGCUUCUCAUGCGACGGUGUCACGGUCCAGGGGGUCCCGCGGCGUGGAGAGAGCGGUGGUCGGGGCGGCGGCGGCGGCAGCGGCAGCGGGGGCGCCUACUUCUUCCUCGUCGUUGUCGGCCUACGGGUUUGAGGGCUUCGCCUCCGCCCAGCAAGGAUUCCGACGUGGGUUGGAGGGUCUCGUGAAGAGCGGGGUUGGCGGCGGCGGGGGGGCAUCGCAGACGGGGUUCUCGUCUUCGAGGGCGGGGUUCGGGUCGGGUUCUGCGACGUGUACGCUCCCGCCGGGGGAGCCAGCCGCAGCAGCAACCAGCAGCAGCAGCGGAGGCAGCGACGUCGGCGGUACCAGCGCAAGUGGCGUGGGAAGAACAUCCCGGUCGUUUUCCCCUCCGGCUCUCGAAGGGGUCGACGGAAGGCCCAGCACCGCCGAGCACCAUUCCGCGGACGGGUCCCACGAGGAAAAGAAAAAGGGCGAGGAUGAGAGCAGCGGGGGUUGGGAAGAGGCCAAGGGAGACGGGGCUGUGCGUUGGAAGGGAGGUGACGACAUAGUAGGAGCGAGCGGCGGCGGCGGCGGCGGCGGCGGUGGCGGCGGCGGCAUCAAACCGUUCGUCCGAUCCUCGCUGUCUUCGUCCUCGGCCUCGUCGGUGAUGGGCCGAGCGGACGCCGUCUUGGCGGAAGCCGCGCGCGGGAUAGGGCUUGGCAGUGGCGCUUCUGUGGGAGGCGGUGACUACAGGUCGUCUUCGUUGAGCAGCAGCACCGGUAGCAGUACGUUGGGGCCCGACCUUGAGGCCGAGAUAGCCAGCCUGGAGGCUCUCGCGGAGUCUCUGCAGCAGCGGAAGAUGCGCUUCGAGCCUAAGCCGGCGUUGCUAGUGCAGCAGCAGCAAGAGCUCGAAGAGCACCGCCGGGCCAUCCGCGCAACAUCCGUCGCCGGCUCCUUGUCUUCGAAUUCACGCCCUUCUGCUUCCGACCACACCAACUCUUCACGCCCUUCUGCUUCCGACCACAACAAUACCUCCUCUUGGAGCUCACGCCCGUCCUCCUCCGACUACACCAACUCUUCGUCCUCACGCCUGUCUUCCGGCCACACCAACAGCAGCAACAACAGCAACAACAUCCUCCUGCUACCUUCGAGAGGGAACGAGGGCGUAGACGGAAGCCACGAGGUCAGGCGGUCCGUGGCAACCGACGUAGACUCGAACGCUGGCGCAGACAGCGCGCUGGCGGCCCUGGAGGCCUUUCAGGCGGAGCUGGAAGCGAGGGAGAAGGAGGCGACGGCGGGGGGCGAGGGAAGAAGCGCGCCGCCGGUGCCGCCGCGGGCGCCGGGGCAAGGAACACCACCGCCCCCACCGGGUGGUUGUGUUGGUGACGAGUGGGGGCACGGGGUCCACGACGAUGAUGCCGGUCGUCCCCGCACGCCACGCCCCCCCCCCGACUCUUCACCUUCGUCUUCGUCGUCCACCACACCGGAGUCUGACAACGGCUUGAUUGAGCGACUCCUCUCUCUUGACACGGAGGCUAUCCGGAAGCAUGCCGCGGCCGUCGCCGCCGGUGGCGACGGCUGCGGCAGCAGCAGCAGGGGCCCCUCAUUCCCGUCUUCGCACGGCGGUGCCGCUGUUGGUGGAUACGCGGACGGCCGAGAUGCGGCGCCAGGGGCUGGACCGGGGCCGGUCGAGCUCCGUGACACGGACGAGCGGCCACCGUUCGGCAGACCCUCCGAAGCGGCUGUCGAUGAUGACCAUCACCGCGCCGUGUUUUCCGUUCCCCGCGCAGCGGAAGCGGAGGGAGGAGGAGAAACGAUCUUGGACAACCCGCAGCAGCAGCAACAGGAAACUCGGCUUGAGGAAGAGGGACCCCGAGACAUUGGCGUCGACGCGGGCGACGGCCGCUGCGGCGGAGCCGGGCCCGCAGCAGCAGCCACCACAGAAGGCGGCGGCCAAGCUAGCGGUAGUGACCACUCGGUCUCCUUCAACGCGGGGGCCGGACCGGGCAGCAGUACGACCGGCGGGUCGGAGUGGUGGCGGCGGGGCGCGGACGGGCGGUACAGCGAAAGCGAAACCACCGCCUCGGCUGCGGUAGCGGGAAGCGAGCAGCAGCAGCAGCAGCAGCAGCAGCGGCAGGAGACUCGGCUUGAGGAAGAGGGACCCCGAGACGCUGCGGUCGACGCGGGCGACGGCCGCUGCGGCGGAGCCGGGCCAGCAGCAGCAGGCACCACAGGAGGCGGCGGCCAAGCUAGCGGUAGUGACCUCUCGGUCUCCUUCAACGCGGGGGCCGGACCGGGCAGCAGUACGACCGGCGGGUCGGAGUGGUGGCGGCGGGGCGCGGACGGCCGGUACAGCGAAAGCGAAACCACCGCCUCGGCUGCGGUAGCGGGGAGCGAGCAGCUGCAGCAGCAGCAGCAGCAGCAUCGUUCCUUGCAACGGGCAGCCCCACGGGGACCCCGACAUUCAGUUCACGCGGCCUCCACCGGUUCUGAGGAGAAGGGUCUCGACGGCGGAGAGGAUAGCUCGGGCGGGGGUGAGACUGCUGAGACGGGAUUCAUGCUCCCGUCCCCGACAGGGGGAGUCGUGGGACCCCUGGGGGGGGGCGAAGAAGUCUCGCCUCUUGCUAUGACCCCGCAAGGGGCCAGUGGUCCCCUUCCGAAUCGUCGGGGGUCCCGUCGUCAUCAUCAGCCGCAGGGUACCGGCGACGGUGAGGGCGGGUUUUUCGGGAGCCGUCGGCCCACCACAGCGGCGGCGGCGGCAACGGUAGCGGGAAUAGUGGAGGCGGCUGCGGCGGCGACUGAGAAUCGUACACCUUCGCGUGGGAGGAGGUGGAUCGACGGCUUGGGUGAUGAUGACGACAACGACGUUGACGCGGGCACCGACACCGCUGUCGCCCCGUCGCCAUCUCACACCCCGGCGACCGCCGCGCGUCCCUUCGGCGCAAACGAAGGCGACGAUGGCGACGGUGCUGCCGCGGUGCUUGCUGACGGGGCUGUCCCCGGCACCGACCCCCGGCGAAGAAACGACGCUGUAGACACCGCCGCCCGCCCUCCCGCGGCGUCACCGAGGUCCUCGGAGGCGGCGUCUCUGUUUGAUGGCUCUUCUUCGCCGUCCCCAUCCCCGGCGAGCGACCUAUCGCUGGACCCCGAGAUUUUGGUGGAAACCCGUCAACAGGCGGUGGACAGCGGCGGCGGAGGCGGUGCUGCUACGCCUCUCGAGGCUCCCGGGUGGGGGUCCCUCGCCGACUACAUCGAGGGGACGUCGACAAACUCGGCGGGGUCGGCGGCCGUCGUGUGGCGGGACCUGAGCGCGGAGGAGCAGGACUUGAUACUCGAAAAGGCCGGCAGCGGAGGGCGAGGGUCGGCCGGGGGGGGCGGUGAGGUGGAGGGGGUGGUAGAGGUGGAGGGAUACGGAUACGCCGGUGAGGGUGCGGGGUCGGACGGAAGAGCUGCGAGUAGUGAUUACGGCAGCGGCGGCGGCAGCAGCGGCGGCGGCGGUGUUGCGGAGAUAAAGACCGGACGAGCGGAGCAGGACGAGGUGCUGUUCGGUGGUGGGAGGUACCCCGGCGGUGGGGGCGUGUUGCCUAGUACCGCCGGCGACGAGAAAGAAGAGGUCGUUGCGGGAGCGGCGGCGGGAGCGGCCGGGCGCUCUGCUGGCGGAGACGAUGAUGGCGAUGACGGAGGAGAAUCGGCUACGCCGAACGACAACAUCAGCGGAGGAGGCGGCGCCGCUCUCGGCAUCAGCGACGGCGACCUCUCUUGGGCUACCCAAGACGACGACGACGGUAGCUACAGGAGCGACGGCGGGGGCGGCGGCGGCGGUGGCGGCGGCGGUGGCGGUGGCGGGGAAGCCGGCCAUGUUCUCGACGCCGGGGGUAAUGCUUGGGCGAUUGCUCGGCGUGCCCACGACGAGUGUGAUCUUUUUGGCGGUGGCAUGGAGGAGGGUGGAAACGGGAGCGGCAGCGAUGGAGAUGGCGGUCGAGGAGACGAGAGCUGGUCGCGUUCGCUUUCGGGGGAGGAGAUCGAGUUGGAGCCGUUGCCGGCGACCGCAGGAGAAGCGGCGGGACCACGACACGGGCAUGAGGGUGGUGGCAUCAGGCAAGGGGAGGACACGGCCCUGACGGAAGACUCUCUCAAGUUCUCCGAGCCGUCGCUCGACUCCUUGGCCAUGGCGAGGGAAGGACCGCCAGGCAGGGAACCAGGGGCGCAUGCUGCUGCUCGACCAGCCGGUGCCGCCGCGUGGGAGAUAGGGAGUGCAGAAGUCGUUCGAGACGAGACCCAAGAGCGGCCCGCACCUGACCAUCGCGGUUGCGAUGCUGGUGGCCCGAGCGGUCGAUCAGAAGGAGGCGGGGGCGGGGGUAGGCUGCUGGAAGCGGAGGAGGGUGGAGAACUGGCGGCGUUUUUCAGGAGCCGAGCUUCGGGGUUUAUCGCGAGGUCGAGGGCUCGGGAAGAGGCGGUGCGGCAAAGGAGAGACUCCCGACGGAAGUCCCGUGAAGACGAGGACGCUAUCGCCGCCGCGGCCGCCGUUGCCGCUAGCGCUACCGCCGCCGCUGCCGCCGAACAGCGGCGUGACCAGCCACACCAAACCGGGGUCGGGCCGGGGGCGCGGAUGAGAGGGGGUGUUGAUGUCGCGGGGCCCCCUUCCGGGUUGCUUGGCGAGUCAGGAGGAGGAGGAGGUCGACGGAGGGUUUCGAUCCAGGAGGCCAGGAAGAGGACCGCAAGGCUCUACAACUCCCUGCCGGAGGUGCGCGAGGCUCGAGAGAAGAAGGAGAAGAACGAGGAGCGCGUUAGGCGUUUGCUGGAGGCGAGGGCCCUCGAAAAAUCUCGACAUCGCUCUCGAAGGGGUGGAGGAAGAGGAGGAGGGGGAGGAGGAGGAGGAGGAGGAGGAAGGAGUACUGGCAGGAAGUGAAGAGGGUCGAUCUAUUCGCAUCAUGAAAGCGCGGUAACAGGCCGGAGCAGGCGUUGAAAAAGGAGUGAAUAGAGGCACAAGGACUUCGAAGAUUGUUGGAAGUUGCUGUCCCUCCUUCACGCCUGCCCCCGCGAGCUUGUGGGAUGCUGCCAGGAACGGCGAGACGAGAUCAUACAGUCUACCUGCAGUAUUUCGUUAGUGUCUCGGGUCAGGUCCGCUUCGUAGUUUUGGUGGUCUCUGUAUGAUAGCGAUAGUCCCUGCAUAUGGCCGGAUGGUGGUGCCGAGGGAUUUGGCGCGGCAAUAAAAAAAAAUCCGGGAACCCGGCACUAUUCUUCAGAGCGUGGGACAACGUGAGUAUUCCAUCCGUGUCACGCGGCAUCACAGGCCAUGUAACAGGGCGACCGGCCUUACAUCGGCACCAAAGAGUUUAAUUUAGGUAUUCAUUCAGUUGCAUUUACUCAAGGAUGUAUCUGUGAACGUUAAGCUCCUCGCGUGCAUCAUACGGUUACUGGCACUAGCUGCUUUGGGUUUCACCCUUUACGCUUGACCAGUACUGUACUGCUAGAGUUUCGCGCUGCUGACAUUGUUGCCUGCCGCAGCUGCUCUGCUGUAGGGUGUGUUUCGUGUCAUGUUUGACUUGAACAAUUUUUUUAUUAAGGGCGUUUCGGAGUAUUUCAUGUAUCGUAGGUUACAGGGCGUUGCCUAGCAUCCGCUCUCGGGAAAGCCUGGUGAAUUGUUGUGUGUACAAAGUGGUGACGUGAUUGUCUGGAGGUGUUUUCUCCUUUUUGAAGGACAUCCUCACGUACGUGCGGACUUAGCUUUCGUUCAGCGAAAAAAAAAUUCAUUCAGUGAC